AUGUCCGUGCUUCGUAGGAAGCCGGACCAGGGUAAGGUCUUCGACCUCCCGUCAUGGAGCGAGCAAUCGCUUCAUGCGGACAGAUCAGUACCUGCGCUUCGCGGACUGGCGCUUCAUUCACCGCACGCGCCUCCCCUUAAAUGGGGCGCGUCGAUGGGGCGACGGUACCAGUCGGAGACCUUGCCCCAUGUGUUGUGUCACUGUGGCCCACAUUCGGCCGCUCGGCAAUUGCGGCACAACGCCAUUGUCGAGAGGCUUGCCGCGGCCUCCAGGCUCCCCGGGGGAGGGGGUCAAUGCGUCCCGGGCGUCGACGGAGACCUCGCGGCUCUGCGGCCUGACUCAGUCAUCACGCACGAGCCGUCGAGAACCGUCAUCAUGAUAGACGUGACCGUAGCUUUUGAAAAUAAAUUUGAAACGAUCGAAAAAGCGAGACUGGAGAAAGUCCAAAAAUACCAGCCUCUCGCGGACGCGUUAGCGAGAUUCGGUCACGUCGUCCAUGUCGACGGCUUCGUCGUAGGCGCCCUGGGCGCCUGGCAUCCAAACAACGAUAACAUUUGCAAGCUGCUGCGCAUUUUGCAAAAUUACGCGUCAUUAAUGCGAAAACUUAUAGUCUCGGAGACCAUCGCGUGGUCCCGAGACGUGUACGUAGAGCACGUCUCAGGAAUUCGACAAUACUGCGUGCAGGAGUCGGCCGCACGGAAAGCACGCCCGCGCGCGCUAACAUCUCCGAACAAUUACGAUUUUAUAUUCCCCUUUAAUUGUUGUUAUUUUAAUCUAUUCGAUCAACACUGCACACUAUUUAUGCAAUUAUGUCAUCAUAUCCCGCGUGGCGCCAGUGAAGAGAAAGGCUGGUGCAUCAACGCCGGCCUUCCCCUUCUUAUCCUAUCCCUAGGCGGGCGCACGCACCUGCAACUUUUCAAAUCUUAA